CUGGUCUGCAAAAGACCAUCAUUUAUGAAUGUAUUAUGAAAAAAUUCUCAAUGAAAAUAAAUCGCAACUCAAAAUGAACGACGAGAAAUUGAGUCUCGCCUCCGCCAUCGCACUGCAGGGCUCCGAGGGCAGAAUGCCCGUCCUCGGUUUUGGCGUGUACCAAAUCGACCGCCAGGACACAGCGGCCGCCUGUCAGCGCGCCCUCUCAUCCGGCUACCGGCACAUCGACACGGCGCAACUCUACAACAAUGAAGCAGAAGUCGGCUCAGCCCUCACAGAUUGCGGAGUGCCGCGGGACGAGAUCUUCGUGACGACGAAGAUUCGGUACCCGCGGCUGGGCAAGGGCAAGACGUACCUGCGCGCGCUGCAGAGUGUGCAGAAGAUCGACGCGCGCGACGGUGGCUAUGUGGAUCUGUUCCUCGUCCACACACCGCACGGCGUCAGCGCGAAGGAUCGCAGGGAGAUGUGGUUGGCGCUCGAGAAGCUGCAUGAAGAGGGCAAGGCGAGGGCAAUCGGGGUCAGCAACUACCAGCCAGAACACUUGGAAGAAAUGAAGACUUACGCGACGGUAUGGCCGCCAGCAGUGAACCAAAUCUUGCUUCACCCGUGGAACCAGCAGCGGGAAACAGUGGAGUACUGCCAGGAACACGGAAUCGUGCUGCAGGCCUUCAGUCCGCUUGCGCGAGGUGUGCGCAUGGACGACCCCGUCCUUUCUGAAAUAGCAGCAAAGCACGGGAAAUCGCCAGCGCAGAUCCUGAUUCGAUACUGCUUACAGAAGUCGUGGGUGCCUCUGCCGAAAAGCGAAAAGGAAGAGCGCAUUAAGGAGAAUGCAGAUGUCUUUGAUUUCAAGAUAUCGGCUGAAGAUAUGUCGUCGCUGGAUGAUUUAGAUGGCCAAAAAGAGCCCGAGGGCGUGUCUAGAUAUGCCAAAUUCUAGACUGGUUGAUUGUGCGACCGAACACAUGUUCUUGUCUCGCUGCGCCUCAUUUAGUAGCGGGUCGUACGAUCCUUCGUCGAACAUUUGAUGACUUUUCGUGCGACCAACUCCGGGAAAAGAUCAAGACAAUAAAGAUAUUUUUAUGCUGUGUAGAAAUUUGGGAGUCAUUGAAGGUCGCGCAUCAUGGCGUUCCUCUUUUCAGUACUCGGUAAAUCGUCGCUACCGACCACUAUUCUAUGGGCCCUCGGCGGCCUAGUCCUGCCUUAUGUGGCGAUAGGCUGCCUACUGUUAAUACCAGCUGUAGAACGACGGGCCAUCUAUAUGCAUGAUUUUAAGACCACACCAAGAGGCGACUUGAACCAUCCGGAGAAAUUUGGCUUCGCUAGAAACCAAGUCACGUCGUUUCACAUAAGCACUCGCGAUGGCGUCGUUCUACAUGCCUGGCAC